AUGGUAGCCUCUGCUGCUGGUCCAAUGUUUCUAAAAGCAAUUGAUGCUAGUCAUAUUACAAAAGAUGUUGAAUAUAUAGCGAAGGUAUUCACGGAGGUUGUGGAAGAAAUCGGACCAGCAAAUAUUUUCCAAAUAGUUACAGAUAAUGGCUCUAAUUUUAAAGCAGCAGGCGCGUUAAUUGAAACUAAGUAUCCUCGUAUAUUUUGGACUCCUUGUGUUGUUCACUGUUUAAAUUUAGCAAUUAAAUCUAUCUGUGAUCCUAAUGAGAAGUCUCGUGAUUAUGCUCAAUGUGAAUGGAUAAAAGAGUUAGUCACUCAAGAUCAUGAUAUUAGUUAUUUUAUACUAAACCAUUCCUUGCCAAGAACAAUAUUUAGUAGAUACUCUGAUGUGAAGUUGCUUAAGGUUGCAGAAACCAGGUUUGCAUCUAAUAUAAUAAUGCUGACAAGAAUUAGACGUGUAAGAGAAGCUUUGGAAAAAACAGUUAUGGACCCUGAUUGGAAGAAAACUAGAGGCAGUUUAGGGAAUGCUAUUGAGUUAAAAUCGAGAGAGAUCAAAGACACCUUAGUGAGCGACACUUGGUGGGAUAAAAUUGAUUAUUUUUUGAGGUUUACAGAGCCUAUUUUGAGGUUCUUGAAGGUUGCUGAUUCAGAUUCAUGUGUUCUGCAUUUAGUUUAUGACAUGUGGGAUGCAAUGAUAGAAGAAAUAAAGAGUUGUAUUUUUUAUCAAGAAAACGAGGAUUUGCUAACAGGAUAUCAAUUAGAUUUUUUUGAUGUUGUUCAAAAGAUAAUUGAGGAUAGAUGGAACAGAAGCAACACGCCUCUCCAUUGCUUAGCUCACUCGCUUGUUCCCAAAUAUUAUAGUCAACAAUGGCUUCAAAGAAGUGCUCAUGGUGUUCGUCGGCCGCAUCUUAUGGCAUCACGAGAUGAUGAAGAUCCAUUGUCAUGGUGGGCUAAUUACGGCUCCUUUAGGCCACUGUUGCAGGGACUUGCUUUUAGACUACUUUCGCAGCCUGCCACGUCUUCAUGUUGUGAGCGUAACUGGAGCACAUAUGGCAGCAUUCGGAACGUGAAAAGAAAUAGACUAACCACCCAAAGGACAGAAGAUCUGGUUAACGUGCACAACAAUGUUCGAAUAGUCUCAAGAAAACAGCCAGAAUAUACAUCUGAUCCUUGUAAAUUUUGGGACAUUGGAGGGGACACUGCUGAUGGUGAUAGCAUUCUGGAGAUUGCUGAUUUGUCGUUGAACGAUCCUGAAAUUGAAGCGGUGACUUUCGACGUUGACAAUAAAAGCUAG